UGCUUUGCAUCCGCUGUUCCUCUGCUCUCAUCAGCCUUCCUGGCAGCAAUCUCAUCAGCCUUCCUGGCAGCAAUCUCAUCAGCAUUCCUGGCAGCAAUCUCAUCAGCUUCCUGGCAGCAAUCUCAUCAGCAUUCCUGGCAGCAAUCUCAUCAGCUUCACUCAGCUCACAUGGCCCCUUCAUUUAGCAUCGUCCAAAACAUGGCUGCAGUCUCCUCUUCCUGUUCACUAAACUCCAACUCUGAGUGCAAAACCCCACCUCUUCAUGAAUAUACAAAUAUCUAUGCAGUCUGA